AUGUCAUCUCGAAUAAUAGUUCUCGUGUUUAUAUUCAGUUUAGUUUGCGUGAUCAUCGCUUCAAACAAGAAUAAAAUUGAUCCAUCGUUACCAAAAACCACAGCAGCAACGAAGAAUGAAAUCGUCCGGAAGAAAGAUCAAGUAGAUAAAACGAAAAAGAAAUCAACGAAAUUAAAGCCUACUCUAUGCAAAUUACCACGAGAUGUCGGUCCGUGUCGCGCAGCUAUAGAUCGGUUUUAUUACGAUUCAAUUGCAAAUGAAUGUAAAGCGUUUACGUAUGGCGGAUGUCAAGGCAAUCAGAACAAUUUUCGAUCAUUAAACAAAUGUCAAAAAACAUGCAAAUUUUAA